CAAACGACAUUCUUUUGAAGUUGAACUAAAAGUCAGUACCUAUGAUUUUAAUUCAAGUGGUUACUGCCGAACGCUGUACUGAUUCACAUAUAUUGUUACUUGAGUGCCACCCAGAUGGAAUGCAAAAGAAUUUUAUCUGCCAAUAUGCAGGUGUACGGUGUACGGACGCCGAGUGGAGAGAGCGGGAAAAAGACCGUGAGUCGCCUCGCGAGGGGUGAGCAGACAGGUGAGCAGACAGGUGCGCAGACGGAGGAACUGUUUGUGACUCCAGUGGAGAGGAAACCGUCCGUGGACUCACACCUGUCAUUUAACGACACCUACGAGAAUGAAGACUUGGUGGAUCCUCAUGAGAAACCCGACCUUGACUCCAUCAAGAAGAGACUAUACACCAGAGAGUGUCAAAAACUAAAUGUCACUCCUAUUGGCGCCUUCGUCCGCGAACCGACGACAUCGGAACUGGUGCUAAAACACUACUCAAUGGGAGCAAAUGGGGCAAAAGCCUUGGCUAUACCAUUAAUGCUGGAUUCCACUUUAACUUAUUUGGACUUAGAAGGAAAUUUUAUUGGACCUGUUGGUUUAGGCAGUUUGGUGGAGAUGUUAAACGACAACAUCUGUUUGUCUAACCUGAAUCUCGCCAGAAACAAUCUUGGAAGCCAAGGAGCAAAAAUGGUAGCAACACUUCUGAUGAAAAAUCGCUUCAUACGAAAAAUAGAUUUGUCAGGAAAUGGUUUUCGAGACGCUGAUGCAGAAAUAUUCGGCGACGUUUUGAAAGAAAAUUGUUACCUUCUAGAACUGUGCUUGGCUGAAAAUGAAUUUGGAGAAAUCUGUGGCUCGACCUUUGGAGAAGCUCUUGGAAUAAACGAGACCCUUGAAAGUUUAGAUCUCAGCUGGAACCACAUGAGGAUGAAAAGCAUCAGAAGUUUGUGUUCUGGAAUCAAAGAAAACAUUGGUCUGAAGCGACUGAACGUUAGCUUCAACGGCUGCGCCACGGAGGGGACUGAGUGUAUGGGCGACGCCCUCGCCAACAACAGUUCCCUCAGAGAGCUCGACAUGUCUCACAACCGCAUCUCCGACAUGGACGUCGUUCACCUUGCGGCGGGUUUCAAAAACAACGAAACACUCUCCGUCCUGAAGCUCGGCAACAAUCUCCUGACAGCAGUGGGUUCUCUCAAAUUGAUCACGGCCAUCCAGCGAGCGGAGAAUUGUCCUAUAGAAGUGCUAGAUCUUAGGCACACGAGUGUCUUCUGCGAAUUCCAGACUAUUGUGAAAGAGAUUCAGGAGAUUCGGCCUUUCAGAGUGAUCCACGACAUAGUGGUCCACACGCCCAAAGACGUUGACACCGUGCCGCCACCCCAAUCAGCGGACACUGAGAAAAACGAUGUUGCUGUAGACAAUGAUGCCGAUGGUGACGACGUUGGUGCCGAUGGUGACGACGUUGGUGCCGAUGAUGAUAAUGAUGGUGGUGGUGAUGAUGGUGGUGAUGAUGAUGGUGAUGACGUAACGAAAAAUGAAGACGAAAACGAGGCGGAAGUAGACAUAAACGACCUCGAGACUCCGAAAAGUGCUAAUGAUAACGAGGAUGACCAAGUAGUUGAUGAAAUCGAGACUACUACUGAGAAAACGACUGAUUCUGAUCCAGACUAAAAAGCAUUCAGACAAUAUUAUGAUAACACUUAGCAGAAAGUUUGACGUUCCGAAAAAUAACUUUAACAAUGUAACAAAAGAUGAACUUUAAUACGAUAUAUUUAAUCGUAUCAGAAUUUAAUUUUGUAAGCAUUACAAGUCAUCAGCGUCAGAAACGAUGAAACAGGGAGGAGGGGUGGGGGAGACGGCCCUUCCCCUCAACCCUGGACAUUAUGUAUUGCCCCCCUCCCUCUUAGUUGAAAGGCAAUUUAGGUAACUGGCCCCACCAAUUGCUGUUAUCAUCUGACAUUCAUUCUCCUUUCCAUAUUUUACACGCAGUAGACCUACGCAUUUAGUAAGAUUGUAAUGCGUUAUGGGAAUAUGCCCUCUCUUAUUGUCUUGAAAGAAAGAAAGAAAUGUUUUAUUUAACGACGCACUCAACACAUUUUAUUUUCGGUUAUAUGGCGUCAGACAUAUGGUUAAGGACCACACAGAUUUUGAGAGGAAACCCGCUGUCGCCAC